AUGCAGAUUACGGAGAGCACUCCGCUGCUUGUCGUCCAAGUAGCUCCACGCCGCCCGCGAUAUCCUCACGCAUCGCUCCGUCGGGCCUGUACCAUCGGUCUCACUACUCUACUCUGCAUCGCAGUGUUUCUAUUUCUUGUUCCCUAUCCUGUCCUCCUUCGUGACCACGGCUCCAUUUGGUCCUAUCUUCCCUGGUCCCAGCCUUUCCCUCAUAAAAAUUGGCCCCACGGGGACGGCCUGAGCUACACAGCACUGCAAAAUAUCCUCCAAACAGUUCCUAGUGAGAGCAAGGUGAAGGAAUGGAGUCGAUAUUACACGUCGGGCCCGCAUCUGGCCGGCAAGAAUUUGAGCCAGGUCAUUUGGACUCAAGAAAGGUGGCAAGAAUACGGCAUCGAAACUAGCAUAUCGUCUUAUGAUGUAUACAUCAACUAUCCCGUCGAUCAUUCACUGGCAUUGCUGGAAAAGAAAGGAGAGCAUACAACAGUGAAGUUUAAAGCAUCUUUGGAGGAGGAUGUUCUGACCGAAGAUUCUACCAGCGGAUUGGCUGAUCGCAUCCCUACCUUCCAUGGCUACUCUGCAAAUGGGAACGUCACAGCGCAGUUUGUCUAUGCCAACUUCGGUACAUACUACGAUUUCGAAGAUCUUAUUAAUGCGAACGUGAGUCUGAAGGGAAAGAUAGCAUUGGUUAAAUACGGACAUACCUUCCGUGGCUUGAAAGUGAAACGGGCGCAGGAGCUCGGGAUGGCGGGCGUUGUCAUAUAUUCUGAUCCGCAGGAAGAUGGGGACAUAACGGAGGCAAACGGAUUCAAGGCUUACCCAGAUGGCCCUGCUCGUAACCCCAGUGCUGUGCAACGGGGCAGUGUGCAAUUUUUAAGUAUUGCACCGGGUGACCCAACAACUCCGGGAUACCCUUCAACUCCAAAUUCUACACGCAAAGAUCCUAGUAACGCGAUUCCCUCGAUUCCAUCUCUUCCAAUUUCAUACAGAGAUGCUCUGCCGCUUCUGAAGGCCCUCAAUGGCCACGGACCCAAAGCCUCUGAUUUUAAUGAACAUUGGCAAGACGGUGGGCUUAGCCAUGAGGGUGUAAAGUACAACAUUGGGCCAUCUCCAGAAAAUGUUGUUCUGAAUCUUUACAAUGAACAGGAGUACGUUACAACUCCUAUAUGGAAUUUAAUUGGAGUGAUCAAUGGCUCCAUUCCAGACGAGGUGAUUAUCAUCGGCAACCAUAGGGAUGCAUGGAUUGCCGGCGGUGCUGGAGACCCGAAUGGUGGCUCCUCUGCUUUGAACGAGGUUAUUCGCAGCUUCGGUCAAGCCUUGAAAUCUGGGUGGAAACCUUUGCGUACAAUUGUCUUUGCCAGCUGGGAUGGCGAAGAAUAUGGCUUAGUUGGUUCUACUGAAUGGGUGGAGGAGAACCUCCACUGGCUCUCCAAGUCUGUUGUUGCAUAUCUCAAUGUCGACGUGGCUGCACGUGGUCACCGGUUCACCGCAAGUGCUAGUCCCUUAUUGAAAAAAGCCAUCUAUGAAGCAACCAGCCUUGUUCUAUCUCCAAACCAGACCGUCAAGGGCCAGACAAUCUUUGGCCUCUGGGAUGGUAAGAUUACCCCUAUGGGAAGUGGAAGCGAUUUUACCGCUUUCCAGGACUUUGUUGGUAUCCCUUGUUUUGAUUUCGGUUUCAUCCAGGUACCUGGAGAUGCGGUAUAUCAUUACCACUCGAACUAUGACAGCUUUGACUGGAUGGAUCGCUAUGGGGACCCGAACUGGACCUACCACACCGCUGUUGCAAAAGUGUUGUCCUUGUUGGCUGCGUAUCUGGCAGAGAAUCCUGUCCUGGGUCUGAAUGCAACAGAGUACGCCAGUGCAUUAGCUGUGUACCUAGAGUCCGUGAAAGCGAAAUCGAAAAUUCCCGAUUUCAGUUUCAAGUCACUUGAUACUGCGAUUGCAAAUAUGUACAACGCAGCGGUCGCUUUUGACACGUACACUGCGUCGCUUGCUAUGGAACUCCACAAUCAUCUACCUUGGUGGAUGUACUGGAAGAAGAUCCAGCUCUUUUUCAAGAUCCGAGCCGCGAAUGACAAGUAUAAAUACUUGGAACGGCAAUUCCUGUACCAGAAGGGCCUUGAUGGACGAAGCUGGUUUAAGCAUGUUCUUUUCGCGCCGGGAUUGUGGACUGGAUAUUCAGGCGCGACAUUCCCUGGCCUAGUCGAGAGUUUGGAGAGUGGUGAUAUGACUAAUGCACAGAAAUGGAAAUCCGUUAUCAAAGAAAAAAUUAACGAUGCCACGGCUUUAUUGAAGUAA